CUAUUGUAGGAGUAGUAUUUAAAUACAAUAAAUUGUUCUCGUGUAUUCGCAUUAAGAUCGCGUUUAUUUUAGUUAUCAUUUCACAGUAUUCCGAGCUUUGAUUCUAGUUUUUGAAAGAAAAUCUCCGAUCAGCAUGCAGCAGAGUGCGGAUAUUAAUCGACGAAUUGCCCAAAUUUCAAGUCACAUCAAUCCCCCAAUUAAUCAGGUGGAGGAGGGGAACUUAUGGCGCUCGGAUUGCCGGGCAAAAGGCGGCUCUCCGGGUUUCAAGGUGGCGAUAUUGGGGGCGGCUGGAGGCAUAGGCCAGCCUCUGGCGAUGUUGAUGAAGAUGAAUCCUUUGGUCUCGGUGCUCCAUCUUUAUGAUGUUGUCAACUCCCCUGGCGUCACGGCAGAUAUCAGCCAUAUGGACACCGGCGCUGUGGUUCGUGGUUUCCUGGGUCAAAAUCAGUUGGAGGAUGCACUGACCGGGAUGGACCUUGUAAUCAUACCUGCUGGUGUUCCCAGAAAACCUGGAAUGACAAGGGAUGAUCUUUUCAACAUUAAUGCAGGAAUCGUAAAGACUAUAUCUGAAGGAAUUGCUAAGUGCUGCCCUAAGGCCAUUGUUAACUUAAUCAGUAAUCCUGUGAAUUCUACAGUACCGAUUGCUGCAGAGGUUUUUAAGAAGGCUGGGACCUAUGAUCCAAGGCGACUCCUAGGAGUUACUAUGCUUGAUGUAGUUAGAGCUAAUACCUUUGUGGCUGAAGUGUUGGGGCUAGAUCCACGGGAAGUUAGUGUUCCAGUUGUAGGAGGCCAUGCUGGUGUAACAAUACUGCCCCUUCUGUCACAGGUAAAACCUGCAUGCUCUUUCACCAAAGAAGAGACUGAGUAUCUGACAUCUCGCAUCCAGAAUGGGGGGACUGAAGUAGUUGAGGCCAAAGCUGGUGCAGGUUCUGCUACUCUUUCUAUGGCAUAUGCAGCAGUCAAAUUUGCUGAUGCUUGCUUGAGGGGAUUGAGGGGAGAUGCCGGUGUCAUUGAAUGCGCAUUUGUGCCUUCUCAGGUAACUGAGCUUCCAUUCUUUGCAUCAAGAGUGCGCCUUGGACGCAGCGGAGUUGAGGAAAUCUACCCUCUUGGUCCACUUAAUGAAUAUGAAAGGGUCGGUCUGGAGAAGGCAAAGAAGGAGUUGGGUGGAAGCAUAGAUAAGGGUGUGUCCUUCGCAAAGAAAUAAGCAAGGUUUGUCUUCGAAUGAGUUGUAUCAUAUGUUCACGACGUGAUGCUGCUUGUUGUACUGGGUUUUCGAUUAUAGUUUCAGGCAUGAAUGCUACUUGAAAAAUGAGUCUUCUCUUAUGACUCUUUGUAGCUUGUCCCUUUGUUGUUCUUCACAUUGAUGAGAGAGAUAUACAAAUACUUUGCAGCAAA